AUGGGGCAAGGAAUCCCCGAAAAUGCCGAGGAUGGAUCUCUCAUCAAGUUGGUAUAUUUUUCAAGGCAUGAGGACCGACCAAUUGAUGAUAAAAGGAAGAAGACUGUCAAGGAGAGAUUAGGUCUUUCCAAUGGUAACAGGAGAAGCUACCCUAUUCUUGGUGGGAGGCUUCAUUUUGUGAAGUUUGAGACAACCAAGAUAAAUGAAUGCUUAGACUUCAUACAUUCCAAGCAGCUUCAUAAUGGUGGAAUUGAUUCAACCCAUUGGAAUUCUAAGGGCCUAGCCAAUGACAAUGCUGUUAUUAAGGCUACAGGUGGUGGGGCUUACAAGUUUACAGACCUCUUCAAAGAAAGGCUUGGGGUUACUCUUGACAAAGAAGAUGAAAUGGAUUGUCUUGUGGCAGGAGCAAAUUUUUUGCUUAAGGCUAUUCGUCAUGAAGCUUUCACACACAUGGAGGGCCAGAAAGAGUUUGUGCAGAUUGACCAUAAUGAUUUGUUUCCUUAUCUUCUUGUAAAUAUAGGGUCUGGUGUUAGUAUGAUCAAGGUUGAUGGGGAUGGGAAGUUUCAGCGGGUCAGUGGGACAAAUGUUGGAGGUGGUACUUAUUGGGGAUUGGGACGGUUAUUAACAAAGUGCAAGAGUUUUGAUGAGUUGCUAGAGCUAAGUCAAAGGGGAGAUAAUAGGACAAUAGAUAUGCUAGUUGGAGACAUCUAUGGUGGCAUGGAUUACUCUAAGAUUGGUCUAUCAGCAUCAACUAUUGCAUCUAGUUUUGGCAAGGCUAUAUCUGACAAGAAGGAGCUGGAAGACUACAGGCCUGAAGAUAUUUCUUUGUCCCUCUUGCGUAUGAUUUCAUAUAACAUUGGGCAGAUAUCUUAUUUGAAUGCACUUCGGUUUGGGCUCAAGCGUAUCUUUUUUGGAGGAUUUUUUAUUAGAGGUCAUGCUUAUACCAUGGACACAAUCUCCUUUGCUGUUCAAUUCUGGUCAAAAGGAGAGGCACAAGCAAUGUUUUUACGGCAUGAAGGGUUUCUGGGAGCUUUAGGUGCAUUUAUGAGUUACGAAAAACACGGUUUGGAUGACUUGAUGGUUCAUCAGUUAGUUGAAAGGUUCCCCAUGGGUGCACCAUACACUGGUGGAAAGAUUCAUGGUCCACCGCUUGGGGAUUUAAAUGAGAAGAUUUCUUGGAUGGAAAAAUUCGUCUUGAAGGGCACUGAGAUUACUGCUCCUGUACCUAUGGCUCCACCUGGAACCACUGGACUUGGAGGCUUUGAAGUUCCUUUAUCCAAAGGUGGCACUUUACGUCCUGAUGCAAGUGCAUUAAACGUUGGUGUUCUGCAUCUUGUACCCACAUUGGAGGUGUUUCCACUGUUGGCCGAUCCUAAAGUGUAUGAACCUAAUACCAUUGAUCUCGCAGAUCACAGUGAGUUAGAGUAUUGGUUCACUGUGCUGUCAGAGCAUUUGCCGGACCUUGUUGAUAAGGCAGUGGCAAGUGAAGGUGGAACUGAUGAUGCUAAAAGAAGGGGAGAUGCAUUUGCUCGUGCAUUUUCUGCUCACUUGGCAAGGUUGAUGGAGGAGCCCGCUGCAUAUGGGAAGUUAGGUUUGGCCAAUCUUUUGGAACUAAGGGAAGAAUGCUUGAGAGAGUUCCAAUUUGUGGAUUGCUAUAGAAGCAUAAAGCAGAGGGAAAAUGAGGCAUCACUAGCUGUCUUACCUGACUUAUUGGUGGAGCUGGACAGUAUGAGUGAGGAGACUAGACUGCUUACGCUUAUUGAGGGUGUACUUGCUGCAAACAUAUUUGACUGGGGGUCCCGAGCCUGUGUGGAUCUCUAUCAUAAAGGAACGAUUAUUGAAAUUUAUAGAAUGAGUCGCAACAAAAUGCAAAGACCUUGGCGGGUGGAUGAUUUUGAUGUCUUCAAGGAGAGAAUGUUUGGGUCUGGAGAGAAGAAGCCUCAACCACAUAAGAGAGCUUUACUCUUUGUGGACAACUCUGGUGCUGAUAUUGUUCUAGGGAUGCUACCCCUGGCUCGGGAGCUCCUGAGACGGGGAACUGAAGUUGUUUUGGUUGCUAACUCCCUCCCUGCACUGAAUGAUGUAACUGCUAUGGAGCUCCCUGAUAUUGUAGCUGAGGCUGCCAAGCAUUGUGACAUUCUGCGCAGGGCUGCCGAGGCAGGAGGCUUACUAGUGGAUGCAAUGAUUAAUACCUUAGAUGGUAGUAAAGAUAACUCAUCUUCAGUUCCUCUGAUGGUAGUUGAGAAUGGGUGUGGAAGCCCAUGCAUUGACCUGAGGCAAGUCAGCUCUGAGCUAGCUGCUGCUGCAAAAGAUGCUGAUCUGAUUAUUUUGGAAGGGAUGGGUAGAGCUCUGCAUACCAACUUCAAUGCUCGGUUUAAAUGUGAUGCUCUAAAGCUUGCAAUGGUGAAGAAUCAGAGGCUGGCAGAAAAAUUGAUUAAGGGGAACAUAUACGACUGUGUUUGCAGAUACGAGCCAGCCAGCUAAAUCUUCAGUUGUUCAAACUGAUUAGAGGAAAAUUUGAUGAGUUGGUCAAACAUCCAGAGCAAUGGACAAUAGAUGAAUUGGUAUUUCUUUUCUUCAGCCUGUAAAACAAAUAAACAAAUAACAAACAUGAAAAGUAUUAUGGUGGCCUUAAAGUUGGGUUACUGGGGCUGCCCUAUACAUGAUUUAAGAAGAAAGACAUUGUCAUCUCCUUCAUUUUCAUUGCAAAUGUUAUGGAUGUUGUUAUCAAUCAAACCUAAGUUGUAAGGUUUUGUAUCAUCAACCUCAACUAUGAACUCUAAAUCUUCUUGUCACAAGACUCACAACUUUAAAACAGAAUGGUUUGGAGUAAGGGCAAGCUUGUCUUAUGCUACAUUUUAAUUCAUUUGGUUUCUCUGUUUCUUUAGUUCAUUGUAUACAAAAAUAUCUUAUUCGUCA